AUGGCUAUGCUACCAUACUCCGAUGCUGAUCAUGAUUUUUUUUCAUGUGGCUUUGUUGAGUUACAUCAACCACAUCAUCAACAACACCAUCAACAUCAAUGGCUGAGAUAUGUUCAUGCUUCAAACACCUUAAACUCUACUACCAUUGUUACUCUAUUGAAGAAGCAAGAGCAGGAGACAAACCAGUUUCUCAAAAUUCAGACUGAUCAAAUGAAAUUCAUGUUACAACAUCAAAGGGAGCUACAAGAGGGUGCAAUUAGACGCAUGAAAAUUUAUUUGCAACAAAUUCUAAAAACAAAGGACGGAGAAAUCGCCAAAGGUGCAAAGAAAUAUCAAGAGUUGAAAAAUAUCAUAAAAAGCCUGGAGAGCGAACAAAUGAAGUUGAAGAGAAUGACUGAGGAAAAUGGAGCAAUGGCAAUAUAUCUCCAUAACAAGUUGGAAGAGGGGGAAAAAAGAUUGAGGAUAUUGGUAGGAAAUAAUGAUGCAGAAUCAUGUUGUGGUGAAAACGAAGAAGCAAGAGCUAAAAAACAUGUGAGACAUGGAAGUAAUAAUAUCAUAUGUUGUUCUAUGUGUAACAGAAACUCUCCUAGUGUCUUGUUUUUGCCAUGUAGACAUAUAUCUUCAUGCAAAGCAUGUGAAGCUUCACUCCAAUCUUGUCUCAUAUGUGGAGUAACAAAGAAGGGUGCUAUUGAAAUUCAGAGUUAUGUAUGA